GGAAUGGGGGGGGAAUUAAAUACGAGGGGAGAAAUAUUUUUUGUGUGUAGAAGAGAGAGAAAAGGUAAAAAUUAAGAGAGAGAGUUAAACAAGGAAGAAAACGGGCACUUUUUAGUAGAGGGCACGGACGCUUUCUGCCCUCAUUCAAUGCUUUACCAAACACACCACCACCCUCUUUUCUUCCGUUUCCGCUCCUUUACCUCUGUUCCUCCUCCUCUCCCUUCGACUACUCCCUCGCUCUUACCCUCUUCUCUUCAGGAAAUGGAAUGCGUUGAGACGGCCUUGAAGACUAGUUUUAGGAAGGAGAUGGCUUUGAAAUCAAGCCCUCAAGCUUUUCUGGAGGAUAUUUGGCUUGCUAAUGGACAGAAUGGGGUUUCUUCUGAUGACUUUUCCGUCGACGACCUGUUUGACUUCACUAACGAAGAGGGUUUUUUUGAACAACAGCAGCAGCAGCAUGAAGAAGAAGAAGAAGAGGAAGAGGAAGGAGCACCGAUUUCUUCUUCUUCUUCUUCGCCUAACAGACAAAAGCUAAGCCAAGAGGAGCAUCUUUCUAACGACACUACUACGAAUUUUGAUUACGCUUCCCUACCCACCAGCGAGCUAGCUGUUCCGGCGGAUGACGUGGCUAACCUCGAAUGGCUGUCUCAUUUCGUUGAGGAUUCCUUCUCGGAACACUCUACGGCGUAUCCCACCGGAACGCUGACGGAAAACCCGAAGUUACAAGCAGACAUAUUGGCUGAGCCGGAAAAACCAGUUAUCACGACAUGUUUUAAAACUCCUGUUCCAGCCAAAGCCAGAAGCAAGCGCACACGAACUGGUGGCAGAGUUUGGUCCCUUGUCGCUUCCCCUUCUCUCACAGAAUCUUCCUCAAGUUCCACGUCAUCAUCUUCCUCCUCUAGCCCCUCGAGCCCAUGGCUUCUGUACCCAAACAGUGGUUCAGGUUCAAACUUUGAACCGUCCGAGCCGCUUUCGGUCGAGAAGCCACCGGCUAAGAAGCAUAAGAAGAGACCGGCGACCGACUCAACCGGUGGGAGCGGGACCCAGCCGACCCGUAGGUGCAGCCAUUGCGGUGUCACUAAGACGCCACAAUGGCGAGCCGGUCCAAUGGGGGCUAAGACUUUGUGUAACGCUUGCGGAGUUCGGUUUAAGUCGGGACGGCUUUUACCCGAGUACAGACCAGCUUGUAGUCCCACUUUUUCAAGCGAGUUGCACUCGAACCAUCACCGGAAAGUUCUAGAGAUGCGGCGCCAGAAAGAAACUUUGGGUCAAGCGGGACCUGGCCUAGCUCCGCCGAUUGUACCCACUUUUGGAUAACAUUAAAUCUUUUAAAAAAAAAAUUAGUAGUACUAGAUUUUUAGAGCGGUAGUGAAAAUACUGAAUAGGAUAACAGUGAGAGAGAGAGAGAGAGAGAUGGACCAGGUCCCGGUUCAAAAGGCCCGAGUUAGUUUCGGUUCGAGUUGUACAUUAGUUUCGACAUUAUCAGGGUGGGCGCGGUAGGUUUCUAGAGAUGUAACCGAUUUAGGAAGAACUUUAAUUGUACCCCUUUAUUUAUUUAUUUUUCCCCACUUUUCCCA